UUAAAAAUCCAGGGAAUAUACAUUCCGCCAUUUGAUGUACCUCAGUAGAUGUCGUUACUAUCGAGCAUUAAAGUAUCGCCGACAGCAUUCCAAAAGGCGUCAGUUCGUAGACCAUAGAGUACCGCUGCGACGCACGUAUAGAAGCAUCGAUAAAAUGGCGGAUGUGGAGCAAAGACCCAAGGAAAGCUCUACGGUUGGAUCAAAAGAAUCAAUGGGCAAGCAGGAAAAACGCGAAAAUACCCUGACAAAUGGUGGCAAAGGCUCUGGAGAUGAUGCAGACAGUCUCGAAGAGUUGCCACUUGACAUCGGCGAACACUAUCUUGUCCGAAGAUCGGAUGACUCCUGGCAUCCUGCUGAGAUCAUUCAGACACGAUAUAAUGAGGCGGAAAGUCAUUACGAGUAUUACGUGCACUACGAGGGCCACAAUAGAAGGUUGGAUGAGUGGGUCCCCAGGGAUAGGAUCAUGUCCAGUAGAUUCGAUAUGAGCGAUCGAACUUGGAAGAAUGGUGACAGAAAUCCAUCAAAUGAUUUACUAGCUGAUUCCUCUGAUAGGAAAAUAACAAGAAAUCAAAAAAGGAGACAUGACGAGAUUAAUCACAUACAAAAAACAUAUGCAGAGAUGGAUCCAACAACUGCUGCUUUGGAAAAAGAACAUGAAGCUAUUACCAAAGUUAAAUAUAUUGAUAGGAUUCAGAUUGGAAGAUAUGAAAUAGACACAUGGUAUUUCAGUCCAUAUCCUGAAGAGUAUGGUAAACAACCCAAAUUAUGGAUAUGUGAAUAUUGUCUUAAAUAUAUGCGCCUUGAAAAAACAUACAGAUAUCAUAUGAGUGAGUGUACUCAUAGGCAGCCAGUUGGGAAGGAAAUAUAUCGCAAGGGAACACUCAGUAUUUGGGAAGUUGAUGGUCGAGAGCACAAAAUUUACUGUCAGAAUUUGUGUUUACUGGCCAAAUUAUUUUUGGAUCAUAAAACACUAUACUUUGAUGUUGAACCUUUCCUAUUUUAUAUCCUCUGUGAAGUUGACAAGCAUGGAGCACAUUUAGUUGGCUAUUUCUCAAAAGAAAAAGAAUCUCCUGAUGGUAAUAACGUCGCCUGUAUUCUGACAUUACCGCCAUUCCAACGACAGGGCUAUGGAAAAUUAUUAAUUGCCUUCAGUUAUGAGCUCAGCCGAAUAGAACAAACAGUAGGGAGUCCAGAAAAACCAUUAAGCGAUUUGGGAAAAUUAUCAUACAGAAGUUAUUGGAGUUGGAUUCUCUUAGAAAUUUUACGUGAUUUCCGAGGGACGCUUAGUAUCAAGGAUCUUAGCCAAAUGACUAGUAUCUCACAGACAGACAUCAUCUCCACAUUGCAAAGUAUGAAUAUGGUGAAAUACUGGAAGGGCCAGCACGUGAUCUGCGUGACGCCAAAACUCGUUGAAGAACACAUAAAAAGUAGUCAGUUCAAAAGACCACGAUUAACAGUAGACAGUAGUGCCCUAAGAUGGGGAGCACCACCACGAAAAAACAUCAAACCAGGAAAGAAGUAGGGCAGAAACACAAAAUGGAAGGAAAAUUGAAUAUUACUUCAGGGUAGCCCUUAGUGUUUGACAGGUGAUUUGUCAAGCUUAUUGUCAUAGGCACCACAUUACAUAGACUGUACAUUUCAGAAUUAACCGUUGCAAAGAGACUCAUUGUGAAAUGAGACUUUUUUUCUUUUGUUGUCGUUAUUCUGAACAAAACCAUUAGAGUGUGUGAGAAAAAUGCAUUUUUUUUAUACAGAAUCAAGAGCAAUUAUGUGAUAUAAUAAUAAUAAUAAUCCAGUUUUUCAAACGAAA